AUGAAAACCCUUACUUUCUUAUUCCUAUUGGGGUCACUACUAUCAAUUGUAGUUGCAGGAGCGGAUUAUUAUCAGAUACUAGGAGUUGACAAAAACGCAGAUGAAAAGCAAAUCAGAAACGCAUACCGUCAACUAAGUAAAAAAUAUCACCCAGAUAAAAAUGCUGGUGAUGAGUCUGCACAACAAAAGUUCAUGGAAAUCUCAAAUGCGUAUGAUGUCUUGAUGGACAAUGAAAAAAGACAGAUCUAUGACAGAUAUGGAGAAGAUGGACUGAAAAAUGGUAAAGGCGGUGGUCAACAGGGAGGCCAUAAUCCAUUUGCAGACUUCUUCGGUCAGCAAUUUCAACAGGGCCCUCCAAGAGCUCAGGACGUGCAAACCGAAAUUGAGUUCGAUCUGACAGAUUUUUACAAUGGUAGGGAUUACGACUUUGUGCUUUCGCUAAUGGACAUCUGUGGAGAGUGCAAUGGAUCUGGUUCUGCAGAUGGCGUGAAGCAUGAGUGUUCCACUUGUAAAGGUAGAGGAAGAGUUUUGCAUGAAAGAAACUUGGGCCACGGUAUGAUCCAGCGAAUGGAAGCCACCUGUCAAAAAUGUCGAGGUAGCGGGAAGGAGAUCAAACACAAAUGUGGGACCUGUCAUGGACAAGGUGCCCAUCAGCAAGAAAAACACUUCAAUCUUCACGUUCCACAAGGUGCACCAAGAAACUAUGUAGAAAAGUUUGAAGGAAAAGGGCCUACGCAGCCUGGUGUCAUAGCUGGUGAUUUGAACGUGAUCAUGAAAGAAAAUAAGAGCUCCAACUUAGGAUAUAGAAGAGUUGGAAAUAAUUUGUACAGAACAGAGGCAUUGAGCUUCAAAGAGGCCAUGUCUGGGAUGUGGUCCAGGGACAUUCCAUUUUUUGAUCUAUAUGAUCCAAAGAUCACGCUUUCUAGGGAUGAGAACGUGUUUGUACAGAAUGGUGAAGUGGAAAUCAUUAAGGGAAAAGGUAUGCCGAUAAUGGGGGGGAAUGAUGAAUUUGGAGAUUUGUUCAUAGAGUAUGUGGUAAUUUUACCACUAAAAGAUAAUAAAUUGGUUAAAAAUUUACACGAUGAAUUGUAA